GAGGAGUGCUUACUGCUUGUGUGGGCCUGUACUCCCCCAAUCCAUGGAUUGUUUUCCCUUAAAGAAGGACAUCAAACUCGUUACUAAAUUGUUUCAGUUUUGUCUUUUGACCAUCUGGCAACGAGACUGGACCCAGAGACAGCCACUGAAGAUUCCGGGGACGGCUCUAGAUGCAGGUGAAGGUGCCCUUGGAGCCUUUUGGUUCACUGCCUCUUUGGCCGCCUCCGGGAUCUCUGGUAAGCUUCUCUUGGGUGGAGCUCUGCUUGUUUUUUGUCUGAGCUCUUCGAGUUUGUUCUAAUCCUUCUGGGUGGAAAAUUGGGGUAUGAGAGACUCCCAAAUUUUCACAGGGUGGAAAUUGAAGUGUGAGAAACUCCAAAAAUCCCAAAAUCCCUUGGGAAGAGCACUCCACUCUACUUCUUCCAAUCCAUGGAUUGUAUUCCCUUGAGUGAAGGGCAUCAAAUGCACUGCUAAAUUUUUAAUUUUGCCAUUGAUGGUAGAAAACUUGGGAUAUUGAAAGAUAGUGCAAAGAACUCUGAAUUUGGAUUUUAAGAUUUGGAGUUAAGAUCCGAGUUCUUUAGCUCACUUGAGUGAUACAGCAUGGUCCUAUUUUAUGCAAUUUUGAAUUAAAUAUUGACUAAAUAUUGACUAUAAAGUAUUAAGCUUCUCAAUGCAAGCAAUUUGAAAUAAUGCAGUCCUCCCCAUAGGUUUGUAUAAUUUCUAAGCUCUUUGGGUUUGCUGAAUAAUAAGCUGCUUAUUUUAUUGAAAUAUUUCCACUUUAGCUAUAGAAAAGAAAUACCCACUAUCUUCCAUCAUGGAAAUGAUCUUAAAAUACAUAAACCUCAGUCAGAUUUUGCAGGGUCUUCAGGAAGGCAUCUCUUGCAUAAAAGACAAUCUCUUUGGCCUAGAAUUUUUGAUGAGCUGCCUGUUACAGCAGAUUCUGAACAAAGAUGUAAUGAAGCUUAAAUGGGCAAAGGAGACAGAGCAUGUGGCGCCCAGCCAGUCGGAGUGUCAGGGGAGUGCAGGAACGCCAGCUCAUGAGAGUCCACAAAACCACACGUUCAGGGGCCAGGAACCAGUGCAGCUUCAACCAAGAAUAGACCAGAGGGCCGCCACUCUGCCAAAGGAUGCUUUUGAAACUCAGCAGGACUCAAAUGAGGAAGAAGCCGUUCAGGUGCAUGGAGUCAAGGACCCAGCCCCAGCGUCCACCCAGAGUGUGCCUGCUGAAGGGGCAGAUGCUGCAGACCCCGCACCAGUCCACAGAGACGGGCAGAAUGGAGCAGACAGUGCCCCAGAAGACCUCCAGUCUGUUGGGACCAGCCGCCUGCUCUAUCACAUCACUGAUGGUGACAACCCGCUGCUGUCACCACGAUGCUCCAUCUUCAGCCAAAGCCAGAGAUUCAACUUAGACCCUGAAUCAGCCCCAUCUCCACCCAGCACUCAGCAGUUUAUUAUGCCCCGAAGUUCUUCACGGUGCGGCUGUAGUGGCAGCAAGGAGCCACAGACCAUUGCCCAGCUCACUAAGCACAUUCAGAGCCUCAAGCGGAAAAUCCGGAAAUUUGAAGAAAAAUUUGAACAAGAAAAGAAAUACCGGCCUUCACAUGGUGACAAGACUUCUAACCCUGAAGUCCUGAAAUGGAUGAACGAUUUGGCUAAAGGCCGUAAACAGCUCAAAGAACUAAAACUGAAGCUGUCAGAGGCACAAGGAAGUGUUCCCAAAGACCCACCUAGAAACCUGCCCUGUGAGCAACCCACAGUCCCCAGGGAGAACGGGAAGCCAGAAGCUGUGGGCCCUGAACCAAGCUCCUCUGGAGAGGAGACUCCAGAUGCUGUGUGGACCUGCUUGAAGGAGAAGAGAGAGCAGCUUCCCUCUCAGGAAGAUUCUAAGGUAAUUAAGCAAGACAAGAACCUCAUAAAGCCUCUUUAUGAUCGAUGCAGAAUUAUCAAGCAAAUCUUGUCAACACCUUCCCUGAUUCCAACAAUUCAGGAGGAAGAGGACUCGGAUGAAGACUGUCCACAGGGAAGCCAACAGCCUUCUUUGCCAAAUCCAUUAUCUCACAUUGCUGGUUGUGAUCACUUUACCUGCUCUAAUGAGACUGAGCCUGUAAGGGUCCUGCUACCAGAAGAAAAGAGAGAAAUCAAACCACCAGCCCUCUCAAUGUCCAAUUUACAUGAGGCUACCAUGCCUGUGCUGCUUGACCAUCUCCGAGAAACUAGGGCUGACAAGAAGAGACUCCGGAAAGCCUUAAGAGAAUUUGAAGAACAAUUUUUUAAACAAACGGGAAGAAGUCCACAAAAGGAAGAUAGGAUACCCAUGGCAGAUGAGUACUAUGAAUACAAGCACAUAAAAGCCAAACUGAGACUACUAGAGGUCCUAAUCAGCAAGCAAGAUAUGGCCAAAACAAUCUGAGGUUCAAGAAAUGUUUGUGAUCACUUUCAUUCAAGAUAAAGUUUAUUUUUCUCUGCCAUUCUUGCUGAGUAAGUAGUUCUGACAUACCGAAAACUGAAGCACUUUAGUGGUAGUAUUAGCUGUUUUUAAGGGAUGGCAAAUAUAAUUAUAAAUGAUAAAGAGAGAUUUAAGUGUGGGGGGGGGAUACAAUAUGUAACAGAACAAUUAGAAAAAUAAAAUUCAAUUUAUCCUAUGCCAAGGAGAAAACUCACAGUCAAUAUAUUUCAGAAAACACCUAAUAUUUUAUCAAAGCUAAAUAACACAUAGCAUUCAGUUGUUUAAUGGGCCACUUGUUAGGGACAGCCUAGUGCCCAAAGAUUGCUUAUGCUGAUGUAUGGAAAGCAUGAUUUUUAAAAAUCAAUGAGAGGGGGGAAAGAAACUCUGCUUUUUAGGUAGGAAGGAAUACAGAUAGUAAGAAUGUAACUUAUUUGAAACUUCUAAUAGAUUUUUAAGUGUUAAAAAAAUUUACUACCUUGUCCCCUAUGUCUGCUAGGUGUUCAGUACCCUAAAAUAUACUAAAAUGUGUCACUAAUUUUUUAUUUCUAUAUAAAAAUAGCACAUUAUUUUAUGUUAAUUGAAAUUUUACAUUUCUGAUUACCAAAGUUCAUUCUGAUAGCAUGUACUUUGUGAAUUAUCUUUGUCUAUGAUUGACAGAUGUUUAUAUUAAAAUAAAAUAUUGUAUUAAAAUUUGAAAAUAGGUAUUUUGGAUAGAUAAGUGUCUGCAGUAUAUAUCUAAUGUGAUCAUAGUUAUGAUUGCUAAUCUUUUUGUUUACUAUAACUAAGAUUAUAUAACUAUUUUUCCAUUGGGAAUAUGCAUUUUUCUUAAUGUUCCAAGGUCUAUACUUUGUAAAGUUAAAGAGUUUUCUCAUGAGCUGUAGUUAUUCUUCAUUCUGUACAAAAUGAAAGAUUUGAAAAUUGUUUGCUAUGACUCCUUGGAAAAAAAGCCAGACUAUUUUGCUUCAUCAACUUUAGUGUAUAUUGUUUUGUGUUACUUUGUACUAAAACACAUGUUUAUUGUUUUUGCUUUUGUAAAAAUAAGGUCGACAUUUUCUCUUUACCAGCCAUGUUUGUAUUUCUAUUUUCUGUAAUAUUUAAGCAUGAUGUUGAGCAAAUUCACAUUUUCAUGUAGUCUGGAUGAGAAGAAUAUUGACUAUUUCAGAGGCUUAUUGUUUUUGCUGUAUUUACCUGAUAUUUUAUAACUUUUAUGAAUCAGAAUAAUGUCCUUCAUAAAUUUGUUUAAUUAAAGUCAUCUACUUGUAACAGGACAGAUACACAACUAUUUGAGGUUUACAAACUACAUCUUUGAUAAGGGAAAUGGUUUCGUGACAUGUAUACAAUUGCUAUUAAAAUGUAACUAUAUAUUCUAUAUGAUUGUAAAUAUUUUAUACAAUACAAAUAAAAUAUUUUUCUAUUAUAUUUAUUAUGUUGAAACACAGUAGUUCUUUCCUGUUAGCUAAUAUAAAUAACAUAAAUAACACUGUCAAACAACAAGUUGGAAGUGCUGACAAUUCUAGGCUUCAAGAUUUAACUCAUGCUGCAAUUACACCCUUCAUGCGGUUUGGAGUUAUCCCAAUAUUUGUUCAUUAGAUUAAAAUGAAUGCAUAUUUAAACACCAUUUAUAAGCCGUUAUUCUGUAUUUUGCUAAAGCGGUUUAUAUAAUUGUUUUUGUUAUGUUUGGCAUAAAGAAAAAAUAAAAACAUUGCAGCAUCUAGGCAAUAAAGUGUCAGGAGAACAGGAUAUCUCAUCAUAGAAAGUAGUGGGAAUGGUAGGGAAUAGGAAACACUAAAACGACUCUUAAUGAAAUUUGAAAACUGGCAGUUUGCUUUUGGUGAUAGCGGCAUGUGCAUGCUUCAGUGAAAAACAUCUGGUAAUGAAAAUGGAGAACAGAUGAUCAAUGCUCCCAAGGGAAGGAAAGGGACUGAAGAAAAGUAAGAAAAGGGGGCAUUAACGUCCAACACUGAUAUUACAGGUUUUGCAGCUGGGAUCUUUCUUUGCAUUUGCUGUAGACAAACUCAUGAGCUGAUGACCAGUGAUUUCUGCCACGGUGCCCAGAGAAAGAUCCACAGGGUCAGUGUAAAUGACUUCUAAAAUGACAUCCUGGGCAUGGUGGUAAACCAGCACCCCAUCUUCUUCUGUGCAGGUCAAAAAUUUAUUAUCCUUGGAAUUUAGCUGAGGAAGGCGCUGCUUACAAAAUUCAUCUCCUGGUGAUCCCACAGGGGCAAUAACAAGAAUCACAUAAUGAUAAGCAGUGUACAUACAGUAGAAAUCCCCAAAGUAUAAGUUAGUAUUGGGGUUAAAAAGUUUCUCUGCUGCAAUCUCAAACCUGUAUCUUCCAUAAGGUGAAUCCUGGGGUGGCUUCCCAGUAUUGAAUUCAGUGCUGCAGCUGAAGAAGAUGCCUUCUAAUUUUCCACUAAUAGGAGAGCCAUGGCUACCACUAUUAUCCUUGACAGAAGGCUGCAUAGCAUUACCAUGAUGUUCUCUGCAAGAGAAAAGAAAUGGUCAAUACUUGGUAUAAUAGUGGUAAAGCUACUGAUUUAUAGAUUUGAAUGGUGAUGGACCUAAAAGUCAACUUUCUACUAUUGAAAGCCUCAGUGCUCAUCCUAUAUCACAUCACGGAGAAGACAUCU